AUGGAAUGGGGACUGGAGUGGUUCGACUCUUUGCGCUCCGGGGUAACACUGGUCUGGUCUGGGUGCGACAGGGACCGGAGGGACAAACCGGGUGGAGGAGUACUCGUACAACCGUCUCGCUCUAUCCACGUGCGAGCUUCGUUUAGCAAUAUCCUCCCGUCUGAUUCCAAAUAUUCCCUUGCCGUGUCCGUCUGCCCAUUCAAGGAGCUCAUCCUCAAGCGUCGUUCCAAAGAUUCCAAAACUAACUUUUCCAUCCGGAGUGCCCGACAGAUACUCAAGUCCUGA